AACACAACAAGUUCAGCAUGGACAUCACAGGGAUUUGGACCUGUGCCAGAGAACAUAAUGUAGUUGGGUUAGAUUUAAACAUAGGUGGUGUUGACAAUGACUUGGGUGGUGCUUCUCAAACACAGGAAACUCAACUGAGGGAGCCAAAUCUGAGCAAAUAUGGAAAAAGUGUUGCAUCAAGUGAAACACAAGCACCAUGGAACCCUGUUUCACAUAUGGUCACAAUUGAUGUCCAACAAAUGUUUGCUGCAAAUGAAGCUAAGGUGCCUAUAUCACAGACAGUCCAUAAGGGAUCAUUUUCAAUGGAACCUCAUUUACGAAAGAGGGUAGCAAAUGUAAAGGGAAGGGUCAAAGCAAGGUCCAACAACAAUGAGUCAGUUCCUUCUUCAGGUGUUGAUGGGCAAAAGUCUCAAUUACAACAAAAGGAUGCCAGAGAAAGCAACAAGGCAGGAUUUCCUAACAAGAGGAGGCAAGUAUGGUUACCACCAGGUCUUGGAUCCUCUGCAAGUGCAGGAAACACUUACAAAAAGGCUCCUUGAAGGGAUCAGAUGCCAUUAUUUUUUGUAUUUUGGAAAACUGUAUCUUUUGUGGAUGGGCAACACUAGUUAAUAGAUGUUUACAAAAAUGCAGAUUUAGAAAAUCUACAGUUGUAGAUCUUUUUAUUUUUGUAAAGCUGUAGCAUUAGGAAGUCUGCAU